CCAACAAUCCACCAUAAUGUCGAAUCCAAAUUCACUAUACGGCAUUCCCCGCUCCAAAUCAACCCCUCAAUCUCAAUCUAAUGCCCCUUCCUCCUCUACCCUCGCUUUCACAACAGCUCUUUCCUCCCUCAUCAACAAAGAUGCUGACUCCUCCACCCGCGGCCGACCCCGACCAUCCAAAACCAACAAAUCAGACAUCUUCGCGCGCCCCAACAAAGGCGCCCAGAAACGUGCCGCCGCUGACCUCCGCGACGAUGACACCCACCAAACACAUCAGCGAUCCCAAGACAUUGGGGGCGUAGACACCGCCACGCUGCACCGCUCCAAGCGGCGUAUGGAGGAGAAGGCGCGGAUGUACGAGGAUCUGAAGAAGGGGCUGUACCUGGCGGCCGGGAGCGACUCGGAAGAGGAAACGCAGGACGAGUAUCUCGCGCGACUACGGCGGCGGGAGAAAGAGGGGCUGGUGGAUUUUGAUCAGAAAUGGGCAGAUGCGCAGCGAGGGAAGGGUUCUGGGAGUGACGGCGAGGAAGAAGAGGAGGAGGAGGAUGCUGAUGAGAACGCAUCGGUUAUUUCGUAUGAAGAUGAGCUUGGUCGGGCUCGUCGGGGGACCAGAGCCGAGGCGACUCGUGCGGCCCGAUUAAAGGAGGAAGAGAGCGAACGGGGUGACGCGAAGGAACGUUGGCGGCCUUCUCGGCCGGACAAUCUGAUCUAUGGGGCUGCUGUGCAGGCUGAGGCGUUCAAUCCUGAUGCCGGUUUGGCGGCGCAGAUGUCGUACCUGGCUAAGCGGAGAGAUCGGUCUCCUACUCCACCGGAAGAGACGCAUUAUGACGCGGACGCGGAGGUCCGGAAUCGGGGCACCGGAUUUUAUGCCUUCUCCAAAGAUGAGAAUGUGCGCCGGCAGCAGAUGGAGGAUCUUAUGAACGUGCGGAAUGAAACUCAGCACGAACGGGAAGUCCGCCGAGAGAGAAAGGCAGAGCGAGAGCGGGUUAAAGAUGAACGGCGGAAGAAGAUUGGAGAGUUACGGUCAAAGAGGCAGGCGGAGAUUUUUCUUGCUAAGCUGGGAGAUGUUGGUGUUUGAUGUAUUUCCUGUAUAUUAUGCUCUAAGAUUUCUAAGAUACCCCUUUGCUCUGCUAGAUCAU